UACGAACAUCGGAACAUGGCUUUGCUCGGACUUUCCGACAAUUCCCCCGAGAUCAACGCACUCUACAUAUGGAUCGGCGAACGAGGAUUCAGUGGGGGCCUGCAGAGCAAAGCAAGGACCCUCCCUGCUGGCCCUGUUAGUAGCCCUUCAAAUCUGCCCAGGUGGGAUCAUCCCAGUGGCCUCACCCUGCACCCGCAGGCAGUUUUCAAUGGUCCAUUUAAAGGGGCUGAUCUCUUGGUUAUUUGUGAUGCGUACACCCCUAAUGGAGAACCCUUCAACACAAACAAGAGACGUGAUGCUGCAUUGAUAUACAGUCAUUCUUAUGUUGCUGCUCAAUACCCUUGGGUUGUUAUUCAGCAAGAAUACGCCUUGGUGCCACUUGAUAGUCAAUCUCCUGCAUCUCAGGGACAAUAUUACCCUGAUGCUGGUGCUGUAAAUGAUAUUGUGAGAGAACAUUAUAGUGCCUCCUUAUCUGCUGGCAUCGACAUUAGGGGAACAAAUGGAAGAAUGCCUGAUAAUUGCAAGUUCCAAGUGGGCAAGUGGGGUUCUGCGGAUGGAAUCUUUGUUGUUGAUCAGUUAUGUGCUGCUCAUUUCAUUUUAAAGGUGAUGGCUGAGAGUCACAGGAUGUUGGUUUCCUUUGAACCCAAUGCAAUUCUGCAGACUACUUCAAAGGAAGCUGAUACGCCCAUAUGGCUCAGUACCUUAUCCAUGAGAAAAUUUGGAGGCUAUGAGGACUCCCAGUUCAAAGUUUUGAAGUUGAUGAUGAAGCACAUGGAUGACAUAGCAGCUAGAGAGGAAGGCAAUGGCUUGGAGGGUAUUCGGGUGCUGAGAACUGUUUUACAGGUUUUUUCCAAUCUAUGAGACUUCAACUGGGGCUAGUGGGGCAAAAAAAGUAUUAUGGGGAUAUAUUAUAGAAGACUGGAGGCAUGAUGAUAAUAUCGAUCCAUACAAGGUCACUUCCAAAAUCCUCC